GCAAUAUCACCAUCUCCUACCAAACCUUUUCUCCAUCUCACUUCAUCAUUCUCACCUACUCCACACUUCCCACUUUCUCUCCUUGUUGUUUCCCUUCCAAGCCAUGCUCUUAUAUUGAUAUGAAUACAUGAAUUCUUUCUUGUUUAGUUUUGGAACAUGGAGUCCUUAAACAAAGGUGAAGGCGGUGGUGGAUUCAUUUACAGCCCCGAAUCCAACAAUCCAAUUCUCGAAAUCCAUGUGCACCACGCGAGGAACAUCCACAACAUAUGCAUCUACGAGAAGCAGGACGUGUACGCGAAAUUCUCCCUCACCUACAACCCGGACCACACAGUCUCCACCCCUAUCAUCAGGGGCGGGGGGAGGAACCCCGACUUCAACGACAACCUCUCCAUCACCAUCACCCAGCCAGACUCCGUCCUCAAAUGCGAAAUCUGGAUGCUGAGCAGGGCAAAGCACUUGAUGGACGAUCAACUCCUCGGCUUCGCAUUAGUCCCAAUCUCCUCCCUCUCCGUUAACAAAAGCCUCACUCAAGAUUUCCACCUUUCCUCGACCGACCUCUUCCACUCCCCUGCCGGCACCAUCAAGCUCUCCCUUCUCUUAAACACCAUUAACACUCCACUCACCACUCCUACUAUCAACACUUCCUCCUCUUACGCGACAACUUCUCAUGACAAGGACGACGAUGGCAGCAUCAUUGUCGUCUCGGAGGACUACUGCAGGAUGGAGUUCCCGGACAUUAGCGUGGCGGAUCAGAACCGGCAGAUGGUGACGGAGUACUUUGCGAAGAAUGGAGCGGCGCCUAUGAGGCCGUGGGACGGGUCGUUCCUCCACCUUGGGGCGGGGCCGGAGGAUUAUGAGAUGGGUGGGAACUCAUCGGAGGGGAGCUCGGGGAUGACGAGCCUGAGCGACGAUAGGAACACGGGGGAUUCAAUUGAGGAGAAGAAGAGCGAGGAGGAGAAGGAGGAGGAGGUGAUGCAGAAGCAGAUAGUGGAGAUGUAUGUGAGGAGCAUGCAGCAGUUUACGGAGUCUCUGGCUAAGAUGAAGCUGCCUAUGGAUUUGGAUAAGGAUGAGGAUGAGAAUGAGAAUGAUAAGAAGAAAAAGGAUAGUAGUUGCAGCAGGGUGUUCUAUGGCAGCAGGGCUUUUUUCUGAAUUCCUACUAUGUGUAAUAAUGUGUGUUAAUUACUUGAUUUAGAUUUAUUUUUGAGUGAA